UCCAAAGUCCGGUAAGAAAUCAGCCUGGGAGGAACCCUGGACAAAAGAAGCGGGUCUGGAACUUUGGUUUUGUUACUGAAUUAAGACCUCAAGAUGCAGGCUGUUACUGAUAACAGUAUUUAAUUUCAUUUCUGACUGCAAGGUUCAUUGCAGUGGGGGUAGCAGGAACUCCUGGCUAGAUGGGUGAUACGCCCCGGGCAGUGAUCUGUACAUCUAAGCUUCCUGUGACUGCAGUCGAAGACAGUUCAGCUGUUUAAAGUUCAGUACUUGCCUCAUCUUCUGGAUGCAGUCCCCAGUUUGCACCAAGUUUUAAGGACUGAUAAGCAAAUGUUAUAAAAGCAGGGAAGAGAGGUGAGGAUAGUUGAUAAGACAUUGUUUGCUCAGUUGAGGGUGCUUAGUUCAUUGGUAUAUGUAAGGAUCAGAAGUUCCUGCUCUGUGAACCAGUUAGUUUUAGUACAUCAUGAAACUUGUUCUCUGCAAACCUGUCAAGCUGACCACUGCCAAGACGGCUUUUAAUCUAUUCAGCUAUCAAACUGGACUCUUAAAGUCAAUUUUUUAUGAAUUUGGGAAACUCUGAAACUGCUUUGGUGAAUUAUUGUGAAGAAAUACGUUCUGCUACCAGUGCUUUUUUGGACACGUUUGGCUUCACAAAGCAGCUUGGUAAAUGGGACGAAGCAGAGUUGUGACUGCGUUUCUGGAAGCAAGAUUACAUCAGUACUGUUACUGUGGGGAAAGGUCCCUCUUUUUGGAUCAUGAUUACUAAUCGGAAUAAUACUGUAGUUCAAGACCACAUGGAAAAAAAUAAUCAAGAAAUGUCUACCAAUUUAAAGUACCUUUCCUUGAGCAUCCUGGUUUUUCAGACCACAAGUCUAGUGUUGACCAUGCGUUACUCUCGGACACUGAAAGAAGAAGGACCUCGUUACUUAUCCUCUACUGCAGUAGUUCUUGCUGAACUUCUGAAGAUUUUUACCUGUAUUCUAUUGGUCUACAAAGACAGCAAGUGCAAUUUACGGGCUCUGAACAGAGUGCUACAUGAUGAAAUCCUUAAUAAGCCCAUGGAAACUCUUAAACUUGCAAUUCCUUCAGGAAUUUAUACUCUUCAGAAUAACUUGCUGUAUGUAGCAUUGUCAAACCUAGAUGCAGCCACAUACCAGGUUACAUAUCAACUGAAAAUUCUUACCACGGCACUCUUUUCUGUGUCCAUGUUAAGCAAGAAAUUGGGCGUAUACCAGUGGCUGUCAUUAGUAAUUUUGAUGACAGGAGUGGCAUUUGUGCAGUGGCCUUCAGACUCUCAAGCAACAGCUGCUAAGGAACAUUCAGCAGGAUCUCAGUUUGUAGGCCUGAUGGCAGUUCUUAUAGCAUGCUUUUCUAGUGGAUUUGCUGGAGUUUAUUUUGAGAAAAUUUUAAAGGAAACUAAGCAGUCUGUGUGGAUCAGAAACAUUCAGCUUGGAUUUUUUGGUAGCAUAUUUGGACUGAUGGGUGUAUACAUUUAUGAUGGAGAACAGCUAUCAAAAAAUGGAUUUUUUCAAGGAUAUAAUAAACUUACUUGGAUAGUUGUUGUUCUACAGGCACUUGGAGGCCUGGUGAUUGCUGCUGUUAUAAAAUAUGCAGACAACAUUUUAAAGGGAUUUGCAACUUCUCUCUCUAUUAUUCUGUCAACAUUGAUCUCCUAUUUCUGGCUUCAGGAUUUUGUUCCUACAAGUGUCUUUUUCUUUGGAGCCAUCCUUGUAAUAGCAGCUACUUUCCUGUAUGGUUAUGAUCCAAAACCUGCAGGAAAUCCCAUUAAGGCAUAGCGGACUUCCUCAUCAGCCUGCUUCUCAAGAUCAUGCACUGGGGGCCUUGCUAGCAAUGGCACGUGGAAGGUGUCAUUGCGCACUGCAAGGAGAGGAUUGCUACCCUGAAUCUAGUGAAGAAAUGCUUAUUGAGUAGUUUUGAAGAACCAGAAGGAUUAAAGAUGGAUCAUGAUACUGUCUGUAACUGGUGGAAAAAAUGGCAGGGGAAAGCCCAGUGCAAUGUGCUAAUAAAAAACUUGAAAGGAACAAAAAGUUUCCAAGAAACUGCAAUUAGGAAUGUUUACAGCUUUGACCUGGGAUUGCAUCAAAAGAUUUUACUGUAUUGACUGCUGCAGAAAUAUGUCCUAUGCACUCUUUGAAAUAGCACAUGACAGCAUUGUCAGAUUUUUUGUUUUUGCAAUUUGACUAUAUUUAAUCUUAGUAAAUGUUUUUAACUGUUUGUCUAUUUACAUGAAAUCAACUGAAUGCACAUCAUAAUUCUAAGUGAUGGUUCUAAUUAGGUAUUCCUUAUUAAAACGAUGAAAAUUGAAGUAUGAUUGAAAGACAUUUUCACUAUAUCAAAUAUUUUUAUAUUUUUAGAAGGCUGAUUUAAUAACAGAAAUGUGUGUUCUGUUGCUUCUAUAAAGCUGUUGUAAGAAUGUUAACACUCUCACCUAAGUACACAAAGGGAGAAAUUGAGAAAGAAAACUGAAAAUCUGUGUUGAUACUCCGGCCAUCAUCAGGAUAGCUUGCAGUGUUCCAACAGAUGCAGUAAGUCUGAACACAGACCAGUAACACACAGUGCAGUGAUCUGGCACUACGAGUUGGCUUACAGUUGAGUGCUUGCUCAGAUGUAAUGUUUAUUACUUGUAUUGAUUAUGAAUCAGCUUGUGGGUAGAACCUUUAAAGUAGGUGGGUGUUUUUUGUUUUGGUUUGUUUUUUUUUUUUUUUUUUGCUUUAGAUAUCCCUUGCAGAUUAUUUUUUUUACCUCCAAUUUUAAAACCCUUAAUAAACAUUUUAUAGUCAUUAUUGUAAUCUGUAACAGUUCCAUCUGGAGCCAUUAUGGUAUAUCAUCUGUAUACUGUACUGUAUUUUAUUACAGAGGUGUUUUUUUUAAAACAAGUGUUGUUUACUCAUGAAUUCUCCAAGGCCAUUUCAGUACGUUUGUAUUUAAUGGUUUAAUUAGAGUUUUUUUUCUAAUUGUUAUUAUUUUGUUCUAGAAGUCCUUGAGCUAACAGACCAAAAUGGGUUCUGUGGAGCUGUUCAGUCUAGUAGUGGAAUUACUUUAAGGGAACAGAAUGAAAAAUUUACGAACUGUGCAAUAGGUAAAUAUCAAAGCAUGCUGUUAUUUUGUUUUAAACCAAAAAAAAUCAUAAAGAAACACAGACUGUUAUGAACGCUUUGUUUGUUGAAGGAUUUGCAUAUAGCCAAUUGAGACAGAAAUACAAUGCCAGAACUAGUUUUUUUUUUU